AUGCAGGAGAGCUCUGGAUGCCUGGAAUUGAUACGAGAUACGCAGGCUCCGAGGCAUACAUCGGCAACCCAGGCGGACAUUGAGGCUGCUUCGGCUCCAGCUGUGGUCACCAUGCGACUUAGUCAGGCUGUGCUUGUCAGCCCUCUCUGGCCUGGAAGCCUCAUCCUCGACGCUGAGGCGCCCUCUUGCGCGAUGCCAAAAGUGCGCAGCGGAAGCUUCCGAAACUCAGAAUCACAAAUUGCUUCACUUGACCCGCACGGAUCACGGAGCACCAAAUACUUAUAUAAAAACUUGCAGCGACACGCCCCUCAGGACCUAAUGUUGAUCAACACCGCAGCCAUGGCAUCAACCCGAGUCUUCGGCAUCAACGAGCUGCUCGAGCAGAUUCUCCUGGCGCUCACAGAAAUUCUCCCUUCGCAUACUACAGCCCAGCGUACCAGUUAUUCGUGCUUCAGCGCACCAACGUCGCCUUCCGAGACACCAUCCGACGCUCAAAACGGUAAGUGGACGAUGCUUACAUAUCUGCAGCAGCUAAUCACCAUCUCAACACCCGCCCAGCACGUCGACACAUCAUCCUAUGCACCACUCCUCUGGAUGGCCGACUGGAUGACUCUCUUCCACAACCACUGGAGCGUUGUGAAGCAAGACGAAAUCCAAUACGAAGUCCUCCAACUCCGCAAGAUCUACAGAAUGCACCCCGUCUACCUCCCCAAAGCCCUCCGACCCGAAUUCCGCCAGAAUUCCGCAUCAGCGGAGGCUUCAUGGCGUCGUCUCUCCAUCUCCACAGCUGUGUAUCCUCGAGAACUCAUGGUCAAGUUUCAAAUGACAUUGGAAGGGGACACGACUUCUGUUUGGAGAGCUUUCAAGCCCGCAACAAAUGCGACUUUGGGUGAGAUUUACGAUGCGGUUGUUGGGACUCUGGAGUGGAGGAAUAAUGAGAAGUUUCUCGAAGAAGACCGGAACCGAUUCCAUCCGCGGUCGUUGUCUACGGGAGAUUUGUUUCGGAAAUUGACUGAGAAAUUGGAAGUUGUUGGAUCUGCCGGGACACGGAGCAUCAUGGAAGUUUUAGGCUGUGGGACUUUUGAAGAAGGAUCAAGCAAGGAAACCAUAGCGAAUUCUGAGCUGGAAAGUACGUUUCUGACAUUGCAGCUCCAAGUGCCUGACCAACCACUCAAUGUCGUCUGCGAAGUCUAUCUAGUGUCUGCCUGCCUGCGUGGUAGCGUGGAAGGAACUCUUAAGCUACCUUUUUAA